CCACUAUGCAUACCAUAAACUAACCCAUACAACACAUUACACACAGCAUGGGACUCCUAAGAGGUAUCUCUCUAAUAUUUCUCCUAGGAGUUCUAGUAAUCUCCCAUUUCCCUAACGCCAAUGCUCAUGCAUAUCCAAACCCAAUUAAUCUCCUGAUGCCCCAUUCUGGCUCGGCCGGCCACCGAGUCCCGGGCCUAAACUGCUUGAGCUGGCGGCUGGCCGUCGAGACCUACAAUCUCCGGGACUGGAGGACCAUCCCGGAAGAAUGUGAGGGGUAUGUAGGACAUUAUAUGAUGGGUUCUCAAUACCGAAAGGAUUGUUUAGCUGUUACUUCUGCUGCUUAUGACUAUAUUAAGAGCCUCUCGCUCAACAAAGAUGGUAAGGAUGUCUGGGUAUUUGAUAUUGAUGAGACUUCCCUCUCUAAUUUGCCCUACUAUGCCAGGCCAUCAGUUGGAUUUGGAGCAAAUCCAUACAACGCAACAGCAUUUGACGAGUGGCAAAAGGAAAUGAAAGCGCCAGCAAUUCCUUCUGUGUUGAGCUUCUACAAAAAAUUGGUGCGAUAUGGUGUCAAAAUUGUUUUUCUUUCAGGAUCUCAUGAGGAGUUUAGACAAUUCAAAGAGCGCAACAUGAAGAAUAUUGGAUACACUAAGUGGGACAUGAUGAUCUUAAAGCAAGCAAGUGAGUCAAAACUGAAAGCUGUGGAGUACAAAUCAGCGCACAGGACAAAGCUAGAGAAAAUGGGUUACAGAAUAAUUGGAAACAUGGGCGACCAGUGGAGCGAUUUAAUUGGGGAUCAUCCUGGGAUGAGAACCUUCAAGUUGCCUGACCCUAUGUACUACAUCGGCUGAUUUUAUUUCCAAGUUUUAGUAAAAUAAUAAUAACACUACUUGUAGUGGAAAACAUUUGUGGGAGGUUCCAUCCUUUAUUUUCCAAAUUUUAUCGAGGAAUUCUUAUGAUUGAUUGUCUUGUAAUUGUGAUUUCUGAGGUUAUGUUUAUGUAAAACUUAUGUUGUCUUGUAAUGAAUUCUCAAUCUAACUUUUUGUUA